UCCACUUAGAAAGUGUUAUUGGUAAGUGGUAGUGGGUUCUAUUAAAUACCAAAACAUUCAUCACAAUAGCUGCACGUGAUUCCGUUUGAUAAGGGAACUAUUGGCCAUUUAAAAUCUACAUACCUAUGGGGGAUUGAUGUAUACAAGACCAUGCCAUGAAACACAUCUUCGACUCGUUUUGUUCGAUGAUUUAGAAAGUGUGUAAAUGUUUAGGUUCAUGUAGUGACUUAAUGACGUGUGCUUAUAAGAAAACAUUUUCCACCCUAGACACACAACAUGUGAAAGCUUUAGUUAAUGAGAUUCAAAAAAGGAAAUAAAGAAAAGAAAGACAGUCAUCUCCCUUUCUUAGAGAAUGAAGUCAAAAAAAGCUAUUUAGGUGUUUGCCAGGUAGACUCUAAAAGUCACUACAAAACAUUUAGAAAUGAACGAGGCUAUGAAGUAUUCCAAGCCUUACCAAGGCAAUAUAGGCAAGGACAGCUUAAAGUACCCAGUGGAUAAAUCAGGGAUCAAGUUACCAGACUACAAGCCAAGCAUCAACCCGAAGGACGUGAAGCCCCAGCCCAGGGAAUACAAGCAAACAAUUGAUUCAAGACCAAAGCGCGCAGCUAACAGACCACCCCCACCACAACCAAAGCCAAAAGCUCCGAAACCAACUCGUGCAGCGAAUCCAGCACCGAGGCAAGCCAAAUUUAAAGGAUACGAACCCAAUAUCAAGUGGGAUCCUAAGCAAAAGGUGAACGCUUAUGAGCCGAAGCUGUACAAAGGAAACAUCAACCAAACCACUAAUCCAGGGAAAAUGUAUGAGCUGCCGGAGGAUUAUUACGGAUUUCCCAAAAGUAAAGAACAGCCGCCCGUGAAAAAAGAGGCUCCCCAACCAAAGCCAGUAGAGAAGAAGGUUAAGCUGAACAAAGUCGAGCCUUUGCCUCCUCCCCCUCAGCCGCCGCCGCCUGCGCCUGCACCGCCUCCCGUGGAGAGAAAAAAGACACCACCUAAAAAGGCCCCUGCAAAACCAAUUGUACCAGACCCACUGGUAGAGGCGCCUCUGCCUCCUCCGCUACCACCACCAAUAAAAGUCAAGACGCCUCCACCAGCACCCGCCAAGGAGCCGGUGUAUGUCUUCUAUGACCCACCCUCACCUGAGCCAUAUCCGCCUACGAGGAGGGAGUACUACCCCAAGCCGGAGCCCUUCUACAACAGCAAACCCGAGCCCAUAUUUCCGCCUCUGAUUCCUAUCAGCAUGAGCGACUACUUGUCGAGCGAACCCAAGGCUAAGGAGACCACGCAGAAACCGAGGGGCAACCCACUUAUACCCGUCAUGUAUCCGCCUUCGAAGCUGUACGACCUUUCCCGUUACAGCCCCCUGCCCAUGACAUCACUGGACGAUGACAUCUAUCAAAUCAGAGGAUCGGGCGUUCCGAUGUACAGUGCUAUCGGAUUGUUGCUCAGGAACUCGGGAAGCUACAGCUAUUACUAAGCAUCAAAAUUUUCAAACUAUUACUGGCGCAAAAAAAACAACAAAAACCUUUUCGUCAUGUUACAGAAUGAAUCGGCUUGUUGCCUACCUCCAUCUUUUACUUUUUUCUACUGUUCAACAGUUAGAAGAUGAAUCGGAUCUACAUAACUGUAAUUCAUGGACAAGAUAAAUGACCAUUAGAAUGGCAUCUUUAAUUUUUUAAGGAACUAGGAUGCAGACUUCGCCAGAUUCUAAGCUUUACAUUUGUGCAAAACCUAUUUUUUUAAAAGUAGCAUUCCCUGAUACUAAUGUUAAACGUGUGAAAUUUAACACACAAUAACCACCUAUUUAUGUGCCUAAAACUGCUGGCUAAAUUCUGCAUAAAACUGUUUUGCAGUCUGUUUAAAAGAACUAGUCUAUGUUGUCUUGAAAACCUGAUAUAUAAAAGAUGAUCUAUAUUUUUAUGGCCAAUAAAAAAGCUGCAAUGAUCGCUUAUUCAAGUUGUUUUCUCAAUCAGACAUUUGCUGCUCUCAUGACGUGACACUUGGUGUUGAGACGUGGCACCUGGUGUUGAGACGUGACACCUGGUGUUGAGACGUGAAACUUGGUGUUGAGAUGAGACGUGAAACUUGAAGGUUUGGGAUAGAACAUUUCAAUACUCAUAAAGAAUAGCAUUUCCUUUUUGAGAUAACAAUCGGGACUUGAAAAAGUGUCCAUAUAUUUUUUUUUUUGCAUAUGUGUUUGUUUAAUUUUUUUUUUCAUAAUGAAAGCUUUUGUUUUCGUUUUAUGGGAGUAUUGGAGAAUGGUCACGUGGGACGAAGGUUGACGUUUCGUAUUUAUUUUUUUUGUUUUCUUUUCUUCAGAAUGUUACAAUUUUUAAGAAUAAUAAAAUGCACUGCUAUAUUUAUUGCUAUACAUUACACUAGUGAUCAAUUUACCCAAUGCAAAAUCAGUAAUGAAUAUGUCAUUUGAAAUCUUACAAAUCAGAAUUUGAAUCACAUUUUGUUUUGCUU